CAAAAUGCUCCGCUCUUCGCUGUACAUUUACAUUUGCUUUCAGUCCAGCUGUGUCUCCGGAUAAGAUAAUUUGUCAGCGACCCCUAAAUGAUGUCGGACUUGAACAUGUGGGUGAAAACUCCUCGGGGAUGGAAAAUGCGCGGUGUGGAGUCCUACGCGGAACAAGGUGAUGUGGUCCCGAAACCCGCGGUGGCACUCAGACCAGGUAGUUUGGACACCAGCCGUGAGGUGGGCCUGGGCGGCAUCGUACAAGUGACGGGCUCCAAAGGUCAGCGGAAAAUGUCUGUGUGUAUGUCUGAGUUUAUCGUGCGCAUGAAGAUUCGGGAAGCUGGAUUCGAUAUUCGCAGACAGAAAUACAUUUUUGAUUUGUUGGCCAUACUGUUUUCAAAAUACAUACAAAAGCUCAGUGGGUCGGCGCACAGACAGAUGUUCAGAAUCCUGGAGGAGAUUGUUUCAUACGUGCUGGCGAGUGAGGGGAACCUCCGCUGUGCACGGACGCUGUUAGACUCAGCCUCCCGCAGCCUGACGGAUCACUCGGCCAGCGUGAAUCGAAUCGGCUGUGCCAGCGUCUGGAACCGGCACAAACAGACAGUGACUAACCUACAGACCAAACUCGACAACUUCCAGUAUACACCGCGUGAAGAGGAUUGCAAGCUCAUUUUGACAGAUUUACCUAAAGAAUGUAUUUUUGAAAUCAUGCUGAAAUUUACAGACCACAGGGAUGUUGUUAACCUAGGCUUGGCGUGCUGGGACCUUUACUACAUGAGCAGGUCUACGAUCGUCUGGGAGAAACUGGUUCCCUACCACUUCACGGAGAAACAAAUGUACACUUUCGCUGAACUCGAGGACCACACAGAGGGGGAGGGGCUUAUAAACUUAUACAGGAACUGCUACAAAAAAUUCGGACUACGCCAAAUGUACACAGCUGACCAACUCGUCGUCUGUUCCGCCUGCAAAACCCUGCAUUGGCUGAUGCUGGGCCAUCAUUGCUGGUCGAACGAGGAAGACCGAUAUAUGACUUACAUGGAACCGAUAUCGCCCGGGGAAAUUAUGGACAUUGCCUCGUGCACUUGAAUCAUUGCCACGUGCACACCGCCCGAAUUUCGCACAUCAAACCUAGAUGCAUUAUCUGUCUCACCCAUCGUGCUUCCGGUCGCGCACUCCAGUCUUAUCGACAGACAGUUGACAUUUACUUUUGUUUGCAAAUAGACUGCCUUUCUCUUAUUUAUUGACCUAUGACUAUUAAGUGGUGCAUCAAUACUACACACAAGGCCAAGCACUCUGUUUACCUAAUGUUUAAGUUUCAGUGCGUUCCAUAAAUGUUUAAGGAAAUGAGAGCCCUUGUCCGCGAAUCUUCGAUCUCUACUCGUAUAAAGAAUCAUUUAUAAUUUAUUCUUUAUACUUACUGGCAAAUCAAAACCAGGAAUAGUUAUGUUUUUUAUUAAUUCUACAUCUCACUAUUUAUCUUAUGUCUUUCUGUCACCUGAUCUUUGUACAUUUUGUCGACAAAAGAUUGUUAGCUUUGAUUUUUGAUAUUUCGUUACUGUUUCAUCAUCAUCAUCAUCAUCAUCAUCAUCAUCAUCAUCAUCAUCAUCAUCAUUAUUAUUAUUAUUAUUAUUAUUAUUAUUAUUAUUAUUAUUAUUAUUAUUAUUAUGUUCACUUUGUGAAACCAUUGGUUUGAGAAAUACAGAUCACUUUUUGCAUUGUU